AUUGCCAAUUCGCUGGAUUCUCUCUGCGAAGCCAUGACAAAUUCUCUUUUGUACGCUCAGGUUGGUUUUGCAGCUGUGAGGAGUGCGUUGCAAUCAGCGCUGGAAAAACUGAAGAGCGAGGGUUUGAUAGCUGAGGAUAGUGAGGGCACGUUGGCUUCUUCGCAAUUGGGAACUGCCACUUUUGUCGCGAACCUUUCACCUCUUGAAGCACAACGACUGGCCACUGAUUUGUCAGCUAGUCUCAAUGGUGGUCUGGUGUUUUCUUCUCAUUUCCAUCUUCUCUUCACCAUCGCCCCAUAUGAUGCUGUUUGUCCUGUCGAUUGGGAUCUUUUCCACACAUUGGAAGCUGGAGACGCUGCGAUGCGUCUUUAUAUAGGUCUGCUCCUGCAAGAAAUUUGGAAACAACAGCCUCAUGCUGCUGUUGCUGAGAGGUGA